AUGCACGAAAUCAUCACUCUCCAGCUAGGCCAGUUGAGCAACUAUGCCGCCACUCAUUUUUGGAACGCCCAGGAAUCCUACUUCACCUAUUCUGACCAGGACGAGUCCCCGGUAAACCACGACGUCCACUGGCGUCCGGGCGUGGCCCUAGAUGGUUCCGAGACCUUCCUUCCGCGUACCGUCGUCUACGAUUUGAAGGGCGGCUUCGGCUCGCUUCGCAAGAUCAACGCCUUGUACGACGCAAGCCAGGAAGAGGCACCUGCUCACUUAUGUAUCGGUUCCAGGGAAGGGUCUCCCCAAGUACACAAACAGCCGCCGGUAGAGCCAAGCGCCUACCAGCAGAGUCUUGACCUAGGCACGCCUACGCCAAAGCUCAAGCCCUCCGACGUGCGGUACUGGUCCGACUUUUCGCGUGUCUACUACCACCCAAAGUCUCUUAAUCAGCUCUACGACUAUGAAAUUAAUUCCUCCAUCAGGCCUUUUGACAAGUGGUCCUUGGGGAGGGAACUUUUCGAUUCUCUGGACAAGGAACAUGAUAUCGUCGACCGAGACUUCCGUCCCUUUGUAGAGGAGGCCGAUCAGAUGCAGGGCCUCCAGAUCGUGACAACCAUCGACGACGCCUGGGGCGGCUUCGCGACCGAUUAUGUCGAGCGCCUGCGGGAUGAGUACGGCAAGACUACGAUUUGGGUCUGGGGGCUGCAGACACCUGUACCCGCUGCGCGCAUCGACCAAAGGCGCCUCCAACUCGCCAAUACUGCGAGGACGGUCAAGGAUAUGUGUGAGCAUGCCUCGAUGUUGGUUCCCAUGGCUCUUCCUCAAACCCGCCUGUGCUCCAAUAUCAAUAUGGACAUGCAAUCGCCAUGGCAAACCACAGGCCUACUGGGCACUGCCAUGGAGACUGCAGGAAUUGCUUCUCGACUUAACUCAAGAAGCGCUGGCAGUGGUCUGCAGGCAACGCUCGGCGAGCUGGUGAGUGGGUUGAAUCUACGCGGCAGACAGACCAUGAGCCGUCUACAAAUGAGCGUUGCCGGCCCAACAUUGGAAACGAAACAAAGCAACCCCGUAGCAGAGCCAGGUCUGGACGGCGGCGAGGUUAGCGAGAAUACCAAGCUGGAUACGGACUUGUUUGACAUUCUACGGUCCAAAUCCACUCCCGGUAAAAGGAGUAGGAACGGCGGAGGCGGCAAGCCUUACCUCUUUGGGCAGACGAUUACUACUCGUGGCACACUGCAAGACUUGGAGCACGAUGAAGGAAAUGAGGACGAUGAGGGCAGGCAGCGGCCAAGGGCUGCGCUCAUAGACACCAGCACUCAAAGGUAUCACACCCACAAGGGUUUCCCAAUGCUCGACAGUUUCCCCGAUAUCUACCUCAACAACGGCGGCGAGCCUUUAACCGAAUCAUUUGGCGUCAAGACCAGCCUUUCCACAGACACCUCAGUGUCUGCUGCGCUCAACGCGCUGCGUACCACCGUUGCAUCCUCCAUUGGUGUAGAGGACCGAGAAGACAUUAGCAAUGAGCUAGCUGACUUCGCUGAAGCGUACCGAGAAGGAUGGUCGAGUGGUAGCGAUGACGAUGAUGAUGAGUGA